UGGGCCUCUUGUGUAGAAGACCGACUGCUCGCAGCACAGUAGGGUAUAUUUAUUUGUCUAUACUCUCGGACCAUUGUAUGUCAAGCUGUUAUAUUUAGGCAAGCUAUUUAGGCCUUAAAAAAGUUAAUAGUUCAAAUGAUUGGUGUUUUCAAUGACAGCAUAACUAAAUUCGUUUUAUAAUUCUUUGGUUUUCAGUUAAUCGAUACUGCUGUUUUCGAUGGGGUUUUUGUCAGGAUGUUUGAAAGCGUACUCCAAAUCCCAUUUUGAGUAUUUAAUUUAGAAUAAUGAAUUCAAACCUUAUUCAACCAACAAUUAAAGCCUAUAACCUAUAGACAAAAUAAAACGUACCUACAAAUAAAUCGACCCGGCGUAAUUGAGAUAAUCUCAUGUUUUUUAAAGCACUGUUAAAUCUUACACAAUCUAUUGUCCAACAAACAUUUAAAUCGGCAAUAAUUUGAACACGUAUUUUUAUAAUCGCAUGCUUUUUGUACUUUCGAAUCUGGUUUUCAGUUCCACAGAAAUAUAAAAUAUUAUAUGGAGGGUUUUUAAUUUAUCAAAAUAGUAGGAGUCCUGUUGAUUUAUGUUGGAUGCACGACGGCAUUUUAGCUCAUGAAUUGUGAUUAAGUAUGUUACAGGAAAAUAAAGAUCACAUUUUAAGAUUUACAUUUUGUUGUAUAAACAAUUGAUUUCCAUCUCCAACACUAUCCAAAUCACAAUGAUGCAUGGAAUUAAUGUUGUAAUCGUUCUGUGGAGGCUGUCAACAUGUCCACUGUUACAGCGUGACCAAUCACACACAGUCCAAAAUGGACAGGAGAGAGGCCAUAGUGGCCUAUUAGGAUUUUAAACAUUAUUUUACUCCAAUUUAUUGUGAAUAUUGAAGGUUUAUUGACGCAAUAACAGAAAAGCCAACGCUAUUAUUCAUAUAGGCUAACAUUCCACUUCACAUAAAUCCCAUUCGUUGUUCCAUGAUUCGUUGAUGUGUUAUUUAGAUUAGAAAAAUAUGCUGAUAUAAAUGUACAUAUAUAGAUAGACCUAUUGUGUGUAUUUUGCUUUUAUUUUCUCUGGGUUUGUAUUUAUUUUUCCAUGAACUGUAUAUGCUAUCUAAACUAAAUAGAUGCUUUAUUGGGUUUUUCUCUUUGUAUUGCUUUUCACACACAUUUGCAUGUCAGGAAGCCUACAUGACAGACCUACUUGAAAUAGUCCUUUUCAUGGCAUUUCUGUAGAUGACAAUGACGCAAUAGUUUGAUUGUUACAUACAAUUAUACAUUUUUUAAACAUUUACAUAAAAAACAACCCAAUGGUAGUCUAUUUCUCUUAUUAAAUGUGAAUCAAAAUAUCAUUGUUAUCCUGCUACCAUUUUAAAGAAAUUGUGUUUCAAAUGUACUUGCUCCUUCGAAAUGUUCAUUGAAAUAUAAUUUUGAACGGCAAAUAAAUAUAAAUUAAUCAGAUGUCUGUUAUGUUUUCUUUUGAGUUUUUGACAUUGAUGGUUUUGAUAUCUGAGACAAUUAAGAAGACUCAGAGAUUAUGAUUUUAAAAUACAUUGUAGCUUUACUCUAAGAAAAAUAUGAUGCCAAUUUACUAUUGGUCUAGUGGUCACAUUUUCAGUAUAAUUUCAAGGGGCUCAGUGGAACCACCGUCUGUGUAGCAGUCUGUUUAACUAUAAUUCUCUCCUUGCCACUCCUGUCAUGCUAAACUUUGGCAUGUAACAUGGAAUACAAUUCAUGGAAUGUCAGCAAAACGAACUGGGACCCAGACUAGAACCACACAGGGUGAUAUACUGUAUGAAUCAACGCAAAGAAGAGCCUUUUCUUCCAUGGUGGUAAAUUACAACAACAAAAAAUAUAUAUAUAUAAACACAACAUGUAAAGUGUAGGUUUCAUGAGCUGAAAUAAAAUAUCCCAGAAAUGUUCCAUGCGCACAAAAAGUUUAUUUCUCUAAAAUUUUGUGCGCUAAUUAGUUUACAUCGCUAUUAGUGAGCAUUUCUCCUUUGCCAAGAUAAUCCAUCCACCUGACAGGUGUGGCAUAUAAAGAAGCUUAUUAAACAGCAUGAUCAUUACACAGGUGUACCUUGUGCUGGGGACAAAAGGCCACACUAAAAUGUGCAGUUUUGUCACACAACACAAUGCCACAGAUGUCUCAAGUUUUGAGGGAGCAUGCAAUUGGCAUGCUGACUAGGAAUGUCCACCAGAGCUGUUGCCAGAGAAUUUGGUGUUCACUUUUCUACCAUAAGCCACUUCAGUCGUUUUAGAGAAUUUGGAGUACGUCCAACUGGCCUCACAACCGCAGACCACGUGUAAACUCGCCAGCCCAGGACCUCCACAUCUGGCUUCUUCAACUGCGGGAUCGUUUGAGACCAGCCACCCGGACAGCUGAUGAAACUGGUCUUGAUCGGACUGCAGUUCGGCGUCAUAACCGACUUCAGUGGGCAAAUGCUCACCUUCGAUGGCCACUGGCGCGCUGGAGAAGUGUGCCCUUCACGGAUUGUGAACAGAGUGCCCCAUGGUAGAGGUGGGGUUAUGAAGUAUGCUCCGUCUGUCUUUGAGAAAUAUGUCUCCACAGUCACGUAUGGAGGGAAAGAGAUUCGGCUCAACCUCUAUGACACAGCUGGCCAAGAUGAUUACGAUCGUUUGAGGCCACUCUCCUACCAGAAUGCCAACCUGGUGUUGGUUUGUUAUGAUGUGACCAACCCCACCAGUUUUGAAAAUGUCUUAAUCAAGUGGUACCCGGAAGUGAACCACUUCUGUCGCGAUGUUCCUGUCAUUCUGAUUGGCUGUAAGACUGACCUGAGGAAGGAUAAGGAGCGUACCAGGAGACUCAAAGCCAUGGAUCAGGCUCCCAUCACUUACACACAGGGUGAGGAGACCAGGCGGCAUAUGAGUGCUGAGCUUUAUCUAGAGUGUUCAGCCAAAUACCGGGAGAACGUAGAGGACAUUUUCAGAGAUGCCACCAAAAAAGCCCUGGCAUCAAGCCGCAGAGCAAGACACCGUACGAAGAAGAGGCAUUGUGUCAUCCUGUGACCUCGUUCUAGUGAAAGGACAGAAGCUUGAAGUCCAUUGACACAACGGGACACUCUGUCCUCUGGUCUUACAUGCCAAAGCUACCCAAUCUGCUGCUUGUCUAUUAUAAACAACUGCUUGCCACAUCCUGGGUCAUCUUAAUUCAAUUUCAAGAAGAGCCUGUUCCAUCCCCAACCAAUUCAUGCCUUUGGGAUCUGGACAAUGAUAUUGAACACUGAACUAAUAUCUGCUAAGAUCUGCUAGGAUAGAGAUGGAAUUCCUGCUAGUUCUAUGGGCGCAAGGUCUAUCCUGGGAUUCUAGAGUGGUUUUGUUAUUGACUAGCUACGUUAGACCAGGGUGUAAAUUGGCAUAUAAAAUCAAAUCAAAUGUAUUUAUAUAGCCCUUCUUACAUUAGCUGAUAUCUCAAAGUGCUGUACAGAAAUCCAGCCUAAAACCCCAAACAGCAAGCAAUGCAGGUGUAAAAGCAGAUUGAGAUUGUGCUUCAUUUACCUUUUUCAAAUAUCCUGUUAUCAAUUACUGAAUUUCUAUUUUUACUUUUAUAAAGAACUUGUUAUGCCUA